AUGGUGAUGCUUAACAUGUAUGAGGAGGAGAAAGAAGUAACAAUUUAUGUGACGAAUGAAAAAAUUACACAACAAAGGGAUAAACCAUCUAGUGUCCAAGAUCAAUCAAUUGAUGAAUUGGAUGAUGAAAAUGAUUCAGACUCAAAUUGUCCAAGUGAAGAAAGCUAUCAUAGUCGUUAUAGUUCCGAUAAUGAAUACGAACUUCUAAAUUCUAAUUUCAAAAUCGAUGCAUAUAGCAGUAAAAGUCAAGUUAUGAAAGUGCAUUCUAAAUUUCCAAAUGUGAUUGCUUUUAUAAGAGCUUUAAACCAUUGUGCAAUAACAAAUGAAUUUCAAUAUGUCAUUAAGAAAAGUGAUUUGACACGACUUACGACAUGUUGUGAAGAUAAAAAGUGCGAGUGGAGAAUCCAUGCUUCUCGUACACAAGAUGAAGCUACUUUUGAAGUUAAGAAAUUUGUAGAAACUCAUUCUUGUACUCGAAGUAACAAGUGUGGUAACAAACAUGCAACUCAAGGAUGA